AUGUCCUUAGCCAAUGUGACAAGACAGUCUUUUACAAGACCAUACCAUUCAUCUCACCAAACAAGCUGUCUUACCUCAUCACUGCCCAAGGCCGCCCAAGAGAACCACCAGACCACACUCAAGGAAUCUAAGAACCACACAAUGGUAAAGAAGAUAUACCACAAGAAGAAUGUUCAUAGUUGGCGCGACUUAGAUGGCCGAGCAGAACCUCUCCACGCUCGCCCAUGUCCUCUCAAGCCGCCCAACACACCAUCCCAUCUCAUUCCAUCUGCAUCUCACCCAUCCCACCUCACCACACUUGCAUUCCAUCACUACCAUCAUUCCACUGCAUUCACCAUUCUUCAAGUAACACCAAAUCAGACGGCUCUAUCGAGAAUCAGCGCCCGAACGCGCAGUCCGGCUGGCCGAGGAACGAAUGUUCCGCGCUCGGCCAAAACCAUCCGUCCGACUGAAGUCUCGGCCAAAGUUCCAAUCCAUCCGGCCGAUCACGCAUACACGACCCGGGAAACAAUUGUCCCGCGGUCGGCCAAGCCACGCCACGCCACGCCGCGCACGACCAUGGCGCGAGCCGGGAAACAAGCCUCGCGGCCGCGCAACCUCACUCGUGUACCACGGCCGAUGCAUCCGUCCGAGCCGGGAAAACGUCCGCGUCCGGCCGAGAAACCAUCGGCCAAAUUCUCAUCCGUCCGACCACCCGGCCGACCGAGAAACAUCCGGCCACGACCGUUCCGACUCGGCCAAGACCCGACUGUCCGGCCGACCGUCCCGACCGACCGUCCGAACGCCGCGGUCGACCCGAAGCCGUUUUUGAAGCCCAAUCCGCACAAUUCAAGCCCAAAGCCGGCGCCGACCUAG